AUAUAACUAGGGGGUAUGGGGGCCCUAGUGAAGCUGGGCCAGCUGGCAAAGGAGGCCUCUCCAGGUGUGGCCUCCAGAGAUACCAAGAUGCCAAGCCUUCCCACCACCCACCCCCAGCCACACAGCACCUCUCAGCCUCAGAGUCACACCUGCAACCAGUGCAACUGCAGCCACCAGUGCCGGGGCUGCAACCUGAGCCUGGCCAGCCAUCAGAGCCCACCUGGUGCCUUGAGCCGGAGCCCCACUCCCAAGCCCAGUCCCACUACCAAACCCAGCUCCAGUCCUAGCCCCAGGCCCAGCCCCAGCCCCAGGCCCAGCCCCAGGCCCAGCCCCAGAUCCAGCUCCAGUCCCAGCCCACCACCUCGGCGCAUGCACUCCCGCAAUGCUCCUGCUGGGUCCAGCCGCCACCGCAAGGGCACCAGCAACAGAAAGACCUUGAGAAGGAAGAUACACAAGAGAAAGGUGGCCAGGAGGAGCAAGGCGAGAUACAGAUACAAGAGGCGGAGCUCAGGGCGAAAAUACAACUGAUGAGACAGCACUCUCUUGACGUGUUCCUGUGUCAGUUUUACUCUUAAGGAGAAAUGCCAUCACAUGUGGUAUGCCAAGAUAACGUCCAUCUUUUUGCAGGAACAUUAUUACCAUGGUGAUUUCUAUGCAACAAGAAUUAAAGCUUGUACCCUGGAAGACUA